GCCCUUUCUCCGCUUCCUGCUUUCGGUUGCUAGACUACCCGGGCCCUCACAGAAGGCGGUGGCGGGCGGGUGCAGCGAGUUUGUCCCCUUGCCCGCACACUGCUUGGCCUCUGUACUUAAGUGCGGUGGCCGCCUGCCUCGCUGGAGCUUCUCUGCCGCAGCCAUCCAUGCUGCUUGGGACGGGCCGGGGCGCGAAGGCGGUCGCAUCCAUCGCUCUGCCCUCCUGGGAAGUUUCUGCUCUCCUUCCCCGCUCCUACCCUUAGGAAACCCCCUCACCACCUGCCCCAGACCAGGUUCCUCUGAACCCUAAAUUCAAUCUUUAGGGCCCACUUUCCCAACCCCCUGACCUUUUUCCAUCGGCACCUACCGAGACGACUUCGUCGCGUGCUCCCAUACCCAUUUCUUUCACUUUCCUGUGGCGAGCAUCUCCCUUCUCAGGGAAAGGGAAGCAUGGGGCCAGCACCUUGGGAAGAAGAAGCGGGAAGAUACGCUGCCCUCCCUGUCUCAGAUGCACCUCUGGCCUCGGCGUGACCACCUUGUUUAGCUGAGGAGAAGCUGGGUUGGCAGGGUUUUCUGAAGUCAAGAGGGAGCUGGGGGGGCGCCCCGGGAGGUACUGGCAGUUUUUUCACUUGUCCUCUUCUGGCUUUGUAGCUUCUCUUGUGUAAUCAGCUGCCUAUUUGGAAAUUGGGCAGGGUUUGCGACUGGAUGCUAAUGUCACUGACUAGUUUUCAGCCUACCAUCCAGAAGUAACAUGUUCCCAGCUUUGGAAACGCACCUAAAGCAGACUAUUCCUGAUCCUUAUGAAGACUUUAUGUACCGUCACCUCCAAUAUUAUGGCUACUUUAAAGCUCAGAGAGGCAGUUUACCAAACUCUGCUACGCAUCAGCAUGUUCGGAAGAAUAACCCUCAAUACCUGUUGAAUGGCUCUCUUGGGGAAAAAGAUGAUUUGAUACCAGACACCCUGCAAAAGGAGAAGCUUCUAUAUUCACAUAUGCUGAGUUUACCACAUCUUAGGAGCAGACAGCUUCUUUAUGAUGAGUUGGAUGAAGUAAACCCACGUCUUCGAGAACCCCAAGAGCUCUUUUCCAUUUUGUCUACCAAGAGGCCACUGCAGGCUCCAAGAUGGCCAAUUGAAUGUGAGGUCAUCAAGGAAAACAUUCAUCAUAUUGAGUGGGCUCCACCUCAACCAGAAUAUUUCUAUCAGCCUAAAGGAAAUGAAAAGGUACCAGAGAUUGUAGGAGAGAAAAAAGGAACAGUUGUCUAUCAGUUAGAUUCAGUGCCUACAGAAGGUUCCUAUUUUACCAGUUCCAGAGUGGGAGGCAAACGAGGAAUUAUCAAGGAACUUGCUGUCACGUUGCAAGGACCAGAAGAUAAUACUCUACUGUUUGAAUCAAGGUUUGAGAGUGGGAAUCUGCAAAAAGCUGUCAGAGUAGACACCUAUGAGUAUGAACUCACCUUGCGAACUGACCUCUACACUAACAAACACACUCAGUGGUUUUAUUUUCGUGUUCAGAACACCAGAAGAGAUGCCACCUAUCGCUUCACCAUUGUCAACUUGCUAAAACCCAAGAGUCUUUAUACUGUAGGGAUGAAGCCACUCUUGUACUCCCAAUUGGAUGCCAACACCCGCAAUAUUGGCUGGAGGAGAGAAGGAAAUGAAAUCAAGUACUACAAGAACAACACGGAUGAUGGGCAGCAGCCCUUCUACUGUCUCACGUGGACCAUUCAGUUUCCAUAUGACCAGGACACUUGCUUCUUUGCACACUUCUACCCAUAUACAUACACUGAUUUGCAAUGCUACCUCCUGUCAGUGGCAAACAACCCUAUCCAGUCUCAGUUCUGCAAGCUCCAAACUUUAUGCAGGAGCCUAGCAGGAAAUACCGUUUACUUGCUCACCAUCACCAACCCAUCCCAGACCCCUCAAGAGGCAGCUGCAAAGAAAGCUGUGGUCUUGAGUGCCAGAGUUCACCCUGGAGAAAGUAAUGGCUCCUGGGUUAUGAAAGGCUUUUUGGACUUCAUCCUUAGCAACUCCCCAGAUGCCCAGCUCCUCAGAGAUAUUUUUGUCUUCAAGGUGCUUCCCAUGUUAAAUCCAGAUGGUGUGAUUGUGGGGAAUUAUCGGUGUUCCUUGGCCGGAAGGGAUUUGAACAGGCAUUAUAAAACCAUUCUGAAGGAGUCUUUCCCUUGUAUUUGGUACACCAGGAACAUGAUCAAAAGACUUCUUGAAGAAAGAGAGGUUCUGUUGUAUUGUGAUUUCCAUGGCCACAGUCGUAAGAAUAAUAUCUUCCUGUAUGGCUGUAAUAACAACAAUCGCAAAUACUGGCUUCAUGAACGAGUCUUUCCUUUAAUGUUAUGCAAAAAUGCACCAGAUAAGUUCUCUUUUCACAGUUGUAAUUUUAAGGUCCAAAAAUGCAAAGAAGGAACAGGACGAGUUGUUAUGUGGCGGAUGGGAAUCCUAAACAGCUACACCAUGGAGUCUACCUUUGGCGGGUCCACCCUGGGUAAUAAAAGAGACACCCACUUUACCAUCGAAGAUCUGAAGUCCUUAGGUUAUCAUGUCUGUGACACCCUUCUGGACUUUUGUGAUCCUGACCAAACGAAGUUCACUCAGUGUCUAGCAGAGCUUAAGGAGCUUUUACGACAGGAAAUCCACAAGAAAUUCCAUGAACUUGGACAAGAUGUAGAUUUAGAAGGAAGUUGGAGUGACAUCUCUUUGUCUGACAUUGAAUCCAGCACCAGUGGCUCUGACAGUUCUCUCUCAGAUGGUCUUCCUGUUCACCUAGCAAACAUAGCAGAUGAGCUGACUCAGAAAAAGAAGAUGUUUAAGAAGAAAAAAAAGAAGUCACUUCAGACUAGGAAACAGCGAAAUGAGCAGUAUCAGAAAAAAAAUUUGAUGCAGAAGUUAAAGUUAACAGAAGAUACCUCAGAAAAGGCAGGAUUUGCUUCUACUCUGCAAAAGCAGCCAACCUUUUUCAAAAACUCAGAGAAUUCCAGUUUUUUACCAAUGAAAAAUGAAAACCCGAGGUUAAAUGAGACAAAUUUAAAUAGAAGAGACAAAGACACCCCCCUGGACCCAUCAAUGGCCACCCUGAUUCUGCCUAAGAAUAAAGGGAGAAUGCAGAAUAAGAAGCCAGGCUUUACAGUAUCAUGCUCUCCAAAGAGAACCAUAAACUCCAGCCAAGAGCCAGUUCCAGGUAUGAAGCCAAACUGGCCUAGGAGCAGAUAUCCUGCCACAAAGAGAGGCUGUGCUGCCAUGGCGGCAUACCCAUCCUUGCACAUAUACACAUACCCGUAGGUGAGCCUGGGCUGUGCCACACAAGCACUUCAUCGGGGGUUUUGAGAUUAGACACAUUUUGUAAUGGGGGAGAUGUAUGACUGGGAACUGCAUUUACUUGUGGUAUACUGUGUUGUGCACUCAUGCACUGACCUUACACUUUGUACUUACACUGUGGGCAUGUGGUCAAGAUGCAUACCUCAUGAAUUCAACUAUUUUUUCAUAAAAUGAAAUUUUAUUAUGAUGUGUAAAAAUGCUUUAUCAGAAACUGAAGUGUGUUCUCAUGGCACACUUCAUGGCAGCACAGAUAUACCUCAUUUUAACCAAUAGAUAUUCUCUCUAAAAUUAUGUGCAAAUCAAUUUUUAAAAAUCAAACUCUAUGUUAAACACAUUUUGGCAGUGUGCUAUAAUAAAAAAAAAGUGUUGUGUCAAAGAUUUCUAGUGACGGUCAGUCCUACUGCUGUAUGUCAGGUUUGCUCACAAUGAGGUAUUCCCACAUAGAAAUAACAAUGCAUGUAUUACCCAGAAUUUAAUGUUGCGUAUCUUAUGUUCAAUGAGGUUUUGUAAUUUUUUUAGGCUGAUGAUUAAAAUUCUUUCUCUCUAA